AUGUGGUGGUGCUGUUCUUCUUCCGCUAGUUCAGGACCGAUGGCUGCGAUACGUAAAAAAUUAGUGAUUGUGGGUGACGGAGCUUGCGGUAAAACAUGCCUGUUGAUCGUAUUUAGUAAAGAUCAGUUUCCGGAAGUGUAUGUGCCGACAGUAUUCGAAAACUACGUUGCCGAUAUUGAAGUAGACGGAAAGCAAGUAGAGCUCGCUUUAUGGGAUACAGCCGGCCAAGAGGAUUACGAUCGGCUGCGGCCACUCUCAUAUCCGGAUACUGAUGUGAUCCUGAUGUGCUUCUCGGUGGACUCGCCAGACUCGCUUGAGAACAUCCCUGAGAAGUGGACACCAGAAGUUAAGCAUUUCUGCCCCAAUGUGCCUAUCAUCCUGGUUGGCAAUAAGAAAGACCUGCGUAAUGACCCGGCCACAAUCAAUGAGCUGCGUAAGAUGAAGCAGGAGCCGGUCAAACCUCAGGAAGGUCGUGCGAUGGCUGAAAAGAUCAAUGCUUUCGCGUAUCUUGAGUGUUCCGCUAAGAGCAAGGAGGGUGUUCGCGAGGUGUUUGAAACAGCAACCCGUGCUGCAUUACAAGUCAAGAAGAAGAAGAAGACGAGGUGUUCUCUGCUGUAA